AAUCACGGACCUUACGAUAAGGAACUUCUUCGCGGGCGAGAUGGCUCAAGUGGUGAGAGCGCCAAUUUACUGACAGGAAGGUCCGUGGUUCGAACCCGACCUCUGCCUCUCGACUUCCCCUGUCUAGGCUUGGGAAACAGGGCAGUAUCUCAGUCCUCAUGCUUCUCCCGGGUUGCAUGGCAGCUAGGCACCAGAAGGGUGUUACAGCUGAACGAUUUAUUAUUUAUUUACUUUGCGCAUUGCAAUCCACCAAUAGUGGAACUGACAUUUAGCUUACUCACUUACAUAUAUACAUACAAUAUACCGUUCAGCUGUAGCACCCUUUCGGUGCCUUACUGCCAUGCCACCCGAAGGUUGCACGAGGGCUGGGAUACUGUCAGGUUGCCCAAGCCUAGACAGGGGAAGUCGAGAGGCAGAGGUCCGGUUCGAACCACGGACCUUCCGGUCAUAAAUAGUACAAGGGAUAUCACCAAACUUUCAGAGCGAUCGUUCGUAACACCCUUUCGGUGCAUAGCUGCCAUGCCACCUGGAGGAUGCACGAGGGCUGAACUCCUGCCAGGUUGUCCAAGCUUAGAAGGAUCAGGCGAGAUGCUGAGGAUGGAGCGCGAAUUUACCGAACGAAAAUUUCGUAGUUCGAACCCGACCUCGGCCUCUCGACUUCUCCCGUAUAGGCUUGGGCAACCUGACAGUAUCCCAGCCCUCGUGCAACCUUCGGGUGGCAUGGCAGUUAGGCACCGAAAGGGUGCUACAGCUGGACGUGCUAAUGCUGUGAACACGACUGAAGAUUGGACGUUUGUAAUCAAACUGCUUUACUUAGAGAGCAAACCAAUCGCGGUUUCAAUCUUCCAACGGAAUCAACAACGUCUUCCCUGGGAUCUUCCUCAGAGACGACCGUGGAAAAAACUGAGCAUCACACUGGACCAAAGUCAACUUACCCGUGUUCGUGCGGGGACGCUGAGUACGUUCAGCUGUAGCACCCUCUCGCCGCCUAACUGCCAUGCCACACGAAGGAGGCACGAGGGCUGGGAUACUGCCAGGUUGUCCAAGCCUAGACAAGGGAAAUCGAGGGUUGAGGUCGGGUUCGAAUCACAGACCUUCCGAUCAGUAAAUUCACGCUCUAACCACUCGGUCCAUCUCGCCCCCUCAACCAUGUAUCAGCUUGGUCUUGCUCCUAUCCUUCGGAACCAAGGAAUUGUCCCGGUUGGGUUGGCUUAA